AAGAAGAAAAAACAAAACAAAGCAACCAAACGCAGCCUUACCUUUCCCCCCAUUUCCACAUGAUCUCUGCCUUUCAACUUUGUUCAGUCCUUUUUCUCGCCAAAAAAAUAAAUUUUCUUCUCCGGUGCAUGAAGGUUUGAAUUUUGAAGCUCCGACUGAACGAGUAGUAAUGGCUUCUCCGGCCGAAUUUCCUGUUCCCAAGGCCAUGGUUUGUUUGGCUUGCGGCGGCAAAGGCGACACCAAGCGCCUUAUCUACUGCAUCAAGUGUCGGGAUUCUGCUAUUCAUCACUAUUGCUUGGAAAACUUCUCCGGCGACGAUGAUAAUAUAAAGUGGUUAUGUUGGGAUUGUGCACCCAAAGAUAGCAAGGCUGCGACAUUCAGGAAAAGUGAAAGGAUUAGUUCGAAACGACAAAAGGUUCUAGAAACUAGAAGUUAUUGGAAAGAGAGGUUACACCAAAACAAGAAGCCGAUCCAGACUAGUAAUGAAAUCAGUGGAACUGGAAAGUUAACCACUGAUGGUCAUUUGCCUACCGAGAAAAUUGAAACAGACUUGUUAUAUGGAAGGCAAAGAGAUCAAGAUAUUCUGGUCGAGAAAAUGUCAGUACCUGAGAAUUCGAGCCUCAUUGAUGAACAAGAUGAUUCAACGAGAGUAGAUGAACCUACGUUGGCAAGAAAGAGUCCCAAUCCAUUUCAACAGGAAAACGACAUGAACUCAUGUGACGACACUCAGAAAAUUGAAGAGGUUGGAAACAAGAAAAGAAACUUACUUCUUAACUACGACACUGAUUCCCAAGACGAGGGGAAAGUGCUCGAUCUUCAAGUUUCAGCUUUAGUAGCUUAUGAUCAUUGCAUCACAUCGGACAAAUUACACGGCCACCCUUCUUUAGAAUCCGAUGACAGUCCCUCUGCAGAACCAGUUAUUGAUCCCAUAUGGAGGGGGUGGUUCAAUGUUAAAGAAGAAAGUGAGACGUGUUUUGAAAUUGCAGCUCAUCUGUCCAACAAAGCCUGCUCGAGAGUAUCUGAUGCUGUAACCUCAAUCCCACCAAUUCUUGACAUCGAAGUCGUGGACAAACACGAUGCAUGGCCAACAUUUUUCAAGGCCUCACCACCAACAGCUGCUAGCAUUGCUCUAUAUUUUUUCCCAGCAUCUCUAAGGGACGAAAGGGUUUUUGAUGGUCUACUUGAUGAGUUUAUCGAGAAAGAUCUUGCUCUGAAAGCUACGAUAGAUAACGCGGAACUCUUGAUAUUUCCCUCUUGCGAAUUGCCUAUACAAAAUUGGAGGUACAACAGCAAGUACUUUUUAUGGGGUGUUUUUAGGCGGAAAAAGUGGUCGAGUUCGCCUGACGAGAAUGCCACCUGUACUGAACAAAAUAGCAGCACAGAGUGUUUUGGAUUUUCUGAGCCUAUAACAGUAGCAAAAUAUAAAGAUUUGGUUAUUUCUGAAUUUGCGGAUCAUAUGAAAUCUCCAGGCGAAACAAAUCAAAGUCCGUUGAGCAUAAGCAGCAGCCAAGCAUCUAAUGCAUUUUCUUCGUCGAAGCAUAACACUCCAGAGUUUCUACUGUCGGCUUCGUUUGAGCUAAGUAUGCUGGAUAAGGCAAUGGAGAGAGACGAUUGGUUUCUGAACAAGAAGUUGCAGCUCGAAGAACAAAUGAGUUGAAGGUGAAAAUCAUGGGAUUGCAUUCAGUGAUGAUACAAACUUGGUCUGUAGAGAAAUUUGACACCAUUGUUAUUUUUAAUUACCUAGGUUGUUGAAAUGUGUAAUGUAUCGAUUUCUUCAGUUCGUCCAAACAAAAUUUUAUGGUGAGAAAGAUGUUGCGUGUGCGUUCUUGUCUGACACAAUUCUCGGUCCUUGGGCGUACAUAAAUCAAAAGUUUCAAUGGAAGAA